AUGACAACUGAUGAACUUGUGACCAUGCAAGCUAAGAUCAAAGGACUCAGUGAUGAAUUUGACGCGUAUCAUGCAGAUUGGCUAGGAGCCAAGGUCAGAUUCGUCAAGAUGGCGAAGGGAUUCACCUCCAAUGUUGCAGCCCCAACGCAACAUGAAUCUCCUGAGGCUUAUGCAUCUGCAGAACCUACUAAAGAACAUGCCAGCACUGCUGAUGAAAAUCAGGCUGCUGAAGAAAAUGAAAGCACUAGGGCUGAUGAAGACAUUCUAGCCGCUGAAGAAACUGCCAGGGCAACCACUAGUGUUGCGCCUGAAGAACAAUCCAAGCCAGCUGAAGCAUCUGCUGAUGCGCCUGAAGACACUAAACAAGCCAGGGCAACUGCAUCAGUUGCGCCAGAGGAAACUGCACCAAUUUCCUCUGCUCCUCCUGCACCAACACCAAGUCCUAUACUUCCUUCUGCUUCAGAAGCGAAGAAAACCAAAGCUGCGGAGCGAGCAGCUAUGAAGAAAAGGAAAGCAUCUGCUUCCUCAGAGUCUUCUGCUCCCAAGAAGGCGAAGACUCUAACAAGCUCUUAUGACAAUCCUAUAGAUGUUGUUCCUGUUUCAAGCAUGCCAUCAAAGGAGAUUGUUACCUUUGCUGAAGAGGCAGGCAUUGAGGAAAUUGAUGAAGAAGAUGAAGACGUGGAUAUUGGGUGUUCCACUCCUAUUCUGAAUGAUGACUACCGGGAAAAAAUGGAGACCCAUGCUGCUACUGAUGACAUUGCAACUGAAAUUCCUCAGCCUGCGGCUCCGGAGACUGUGGUUCCAGAAGCUGUCAAGACUUUGACUGACACUCCUCAGCCCAAGCCAAAGAAAACCUUCUCCAAGAAACAGAAGUUCAAAGCUGCUAAGUUCUUCAAUGAGCACAAUUUCUUCACUAACUACAACCCCUAUGACUCUGCUCGUCUUCGACGCAAGCGCUUCUAG